AUUGUCUGCUGAAGAAUUAGAGGGAGAAAAACAAAGAGAAAAGAAGAUAGCAAAAAAAAAAGAGAGCAAAACAAAGUGACAAAAGGAAGGGUUUUUAUAAGUUGUUAAGUCCCCAAACCAUAAUCUUUCACAUAAACAAAAACUCAUCCAUUUCAUUUACCAAAUCAUAAACCAAAGUACCAAACUUUUUUUUCCUUCUUCUUUUAUACCCUUUGUUUUGAUUGAUCUAUAGAUCUACAAAUUCUAAUUUGAGAUGAUGGUUCCAGAUCCUUCUUUGCAAAAUAGUCUAACAAAAAGUGAUCCAUUAUUGUGUUGAGAAAGCAAAUAGGAGGAUUGGGUUGGGGUUUGUCUCGGCUUGGUUGUUUUCAGUGAUUGUUUAAAUGAGAUGGUUUGGAGGGUUUUUUGGAUGAGAUGAGGGAUGUUAUCAAGGUUGAUGAACUUAUUGAAGGCCUGUUUUCGGCCGAGAUCAGAUCGAUUCAUUCACAAAAAUGCGGAUACCGGAGGUCAUCAAGAUGGGCUAUUGUGGUACAAAGACACGGGACAGCAUGUUAACGGUGAGUUCUCGAUGGCGGUGGUUCAAGCCAACAAUUUACUUGAAGAUCAAAGCCAGCUUGAGUCCGGUUGUUUGAGUACACACGAGUCAGGUCCCUAUGGCACUUUCGUUGGCGUAUAUGAUGGUCAUGGGGGACCGGAGACUUCACGCUACGUCAACGAUCAUCUCUUUCAACAUCUCAAGCGGUUCACUUAUGAGCAACAGUCAAUGUCGGUUGAUGUAAUACGAAAAGCAUAUCAAGCAACGGAAGAGGGUUUUUUGUCUCUCGUUGCUAGACAAUGGCCUAUGACACCACAACUCGCGGCUGUUGGAUCAUGUUGCCUGGUCGGUGUUGUCUGUGGCACAAACCUUUAUGUCGCCAACCUUGGUGAUUCACGUGCUGUUUUGGGGAGAGCCAUAAAGGAAACCGAAGAGUAUCUAGCCAUUCAGUUGUCAGCCGAGCAUAACGCUUGCAUAGAGUCUGUAAGGCAGGAGCUGCAGUUGUUGCACCCCGAUGACUCGCAAAUUGUUGUUUUGAAGCACAAUGUAUGGCGUGUAAAAGGUCUCAUACAGAUUUCCCGAUCCAUUGGCGAUGUAUAUUUAAAGAAGGCCGAGUUCAACAGGGAGCCUUUAUAUCCCAAGUUUCGACUCCGCGAACCUUUUAAAAAGCCAAUAUUGAGUGCAGACCCGUCUAUAUCAGUGCACAAGCUGCUACCACACGAUAAAUUUGCGAUCUUUGCAUCCGAUGGGCUCUGGGAGCACUUAACCAAUCAAGAAGCCGUUGACAUAGUUCAAAAGCAUUCACGAACCGGAAGUGCAAGGAGGCUCGUAAAAACAGCUCUACGAGAAGCAGCAAAAAAGAGAGAAAUGCGAUAUUCCGACUUGAAGAAGAUAGACCGUGGCGUACGUCGGCAUUUCCACGAUGACAUCACGGUAAUCGUGCUGUUCCUUGACUCGAACCUCAUCAGCAAGGCUAGCUCCGUGAAGGGUCCGAACAUAUCGGUUAGAGGGGGCGGAAUAAACUUCCCUUCUAAUACAUUAGCUCCUUGUACUACACCGACCGAGACUACUGGAUAACAAAACCGAGAGCCUGCAAUUUAACUGCAAACUAUGUACAUCUUGUAGUGAAACUUGGUUCUUUUUUAACACUUCUGCAAUUAGGUAUCGAAAUUGUAAGUACAACUAUCUGGUGCUUGAGCUUUUAAUGGCUUUUUUUUUCUUUCUUUUUUUACGAAUAUAUUUGUAUCGGAUACAUAUUUAUAUGUAAUAAUCUCUAUUAUAUUUAACUAAAA